AUGAAUGUAGAGAUAGCAUUUGAUGAGAAACGUGGAAAGGUCAUCAUAACAGGCAAUAAAAAAGACGUGACCGAUUGCGUUUUAGCUAUGUACCAGACAAUUGAAGGCACUAAAUCAAAGAAUUUUGAGGUAGAACCAGGACGUUCAGAAUUGUUAAAAACGGACCGCAUUAUCAAAUAUAUCGGACGAAAGAUGAAACAACAGGGUCUUAGCGAUGUCUGGGAGGUCGAGAAAGAAACUGUUAUAUUAUUUGGAGACGAUGAAAAUGAUUUUGACAAAAUGGAAAACAUUAUUCGAAAUGCACUCGGAAAAGUAUCAGUGUCACUAGCGAAAGCACCUGGUGACUUGCUUAGCACGGCAAAAUGGAAAACCAUUGAGCGGGAUUUGAGGCAAAAAUCAAAAGAUUGUUUGGUGGUCGAAUAUCAACGUGAUAAGAAAGAACUUGUCAUUUUCACUACCUCCGACAUGGAGGACCAGGUACAAGAUGCUGUAGAAGAGUUCUGCGAAAAGAAUUCCAUUUAUAAAGAGGAGUUCUCAGUUGAGGCACCAAUAGCAAAGUUUAUGGAAAAACACUUGAAGUCCAAUUUUACGGGAGAUUUGGAUAGACUGAAAUCAAAUGGUUUAGUGAAAUGGGAAGUGCACGCAAAUGGAUCGAUAAAAGUUGAAGGAUCAUCGGAAAGUGUGCAGAAGGCAAAGGAAAUUCUAAACGGAAUUGCACGCAGUGUUCAUUGUGGACCAUUAGAAAUACAGAAAAGAUUUGUGAAGCACUAUUUUGAAAGCAGAGAAGGACACGAUUCUCUAAAAACAGUUGAAGCGAGUGUCCCCUGUGUUAUUGAAGAAAGGGGAUCUAACUUCAGCAAAACAGUCCGCAUGGGUAAACACCAAGCUCCACAACAGACAUUUGACAGGCCAACUGCAGAAGUUAAAGGGCCAAUGAGUGGACGCAGUUCAAAACAUGCGGCUAUGCCACAAUCUCCUCGAAACACGGAUGACGAUUCAAUUUCCUUCACAGUUUACGCAGAAACUUCCCAAAACGUGGCUAAGGCUAAAAAACAGCUUGAAAGCACCGUGAUGACCGAUUGGAAGAAAAAGGAAAUGCACGAUAUGGAAAUCCCCAGCCUUAACAGAUUUCAGAUAAAGGAACUGCAGGAUCACGCCAGGAACAACCAUUGUCAUAUCACCAUCAUUCCAGAAAAGGAAUAUAUAGAGAUGGUUGGACUUGUAUCAAACAUAUCUGAUGUCCAGCAAAGGGUGUUCGAAAUUCUUAGGAAGGUCGACAAAUACAAACACGAAAGAGAGAAUGCUGAGGUGUUGGCAUCAAUCGUUCAAUGGGUGAUUAUCAAGGAAGGGAAGCAAAUGCCCUUUAUGAAGAACGAAAACCGUCUGAUCGAGCAAGCCUUUAAAGCGAAGGAGAAAGAUAUUAAACUGAAAGUCCGACAAACUGAGUAUAAGAUAGACUUUGUUAGUAUGAAGGAGUGGGACAUUUCAAGCCCGAAAACCCAGUAUGAUGUCCUCAGACGUGACCCUCAGAAAGAAACAAGUGUUCAAAUGCCAUCCCACUGGGCAAAUAUGAGACCUGACGAACUGGUGAAGACUGUUAAAUUGCAAAGCUCAGAUAUGGAAUAUCAGAAAGUGGAGAAAGAGUUUUUGGCAACUCUUGCAGGACAACACAACAUAGCAUCGAUUGAACGCGUUCAAAAUCCAACAUUAUACACUCAGUAUAUGGCAAAGAAAAAACAAAUGGAAAUUGCCAACAAGGGAACAAAGAUGAAUGAACGUAUGCUUUGGCAUGGGACCGCACAUUCCGCCGUGCCUAGUAUCGGCGCUCAUGGAUUUAAUAGAUUUUAUUGUGGUAAAAAUCUGACUGCAAUUGGGCAGGGAGUAUACUUUGCUACAGAUGCAAAUUAUUCUGCCAUUCCCACUUACUCGCCACCAGACAGUAGCGGUUACAAGCGAAUGUACCGAUGUCUCGUGCUAACCGGAGAAUAUACAACUGGAAAUGAUAGUAUGAGGACGCCUCCUCCCAAAAACCCAUCCUCACCGCAUAUUCUGUACGAUUCGGUGACCAAUUAUUCUCAAUCACCGUCAAUGUUUGUGAUAUUUAAUGACACACAGGCUUACCCUGAACAUCUUAUUACCUUUAAGUGAUCUUCUUAGCAUUUUGUACCAUAGGUAUAAGUGCGGUCCAGAAUAUUUGAAUCUUUUCUUAUUUCUUAACAUGUAUAUGUAUUGACAUAUUGAGUACUUAAAUAAGACACAUUCUAUUGCUUGCAGAAUUACUGUUUAAAAUGAACAUUUGAAGUAAUCGGAUUAUUCAGUUUGUUUGACAUCAUUAUUAAUAUACAAUUUAAUUCUUGCAACGAUUGGCUUCGUUUUCCUGUUAGUUUUCAUUUUAGUUAUAAUUAGUUAUUAACUCUAAAUUUGUUCUUUGUUGUUCAUGUCAACUUGUAGUUCAGUAUAAUAAUGAUUUCGUUGACUUUUCAAAACGAUUAACAGACGUACCACAACGUUCGGUAUUGGUGAAACUUUUUUCCAAUGAAGUUUAUGAAAAUCAUGAGCCAACAACAAGCGUAUACAUGAUUGUAGAAACUGAUUUUAUUAUUGGAUAUUGAAUUAUUUAUAUCAUUUUAUUUUAUUUAUAUUGUAUUUUUAUUGCAAAUCAUUUAAAUCUUACAAUGACAUUUUAUUCAAUUUAACUUCAAUUUUCGGAAGUUCAUAAUUAGUUGAAUAAAGUUGUUGCAUUUUUUGUAACGUUGUUGAUUGCACGCUGUGCAUAGCCGUGACAAUAAGGAACAAAAUUAUUACUUCAACCUCUUCUCUCAUGAAGCAUGCAGUAACUAUAAUUAUGUAUUGCUUAUUUGACAUGGAUUUACUGUAAGCCGCUUUUGUUCAAAAUAGUUUAGUUGAAUUUAUAUUCAGUGUGUAUAGCGUUUUACUUUCUGAUCCUCCGGAACCAUUCUAUACUGGUAUGUCUUUGAAACUCUCCUUGAAACGCGUGUUCCAGUGACCUCGCGUCUCACUGACCGUUCCAAGGCGUUAAUCUCAUCAUUUUUUUAAAGCAAUUUUGAUGCAUUUGUGGUCUGUUUGCGGUGUUCGUGUUAUUUGUGUCUCUCGUUCAGUGUCGUUUGGUUAGUCGUUUUAAGUAUAGCUAUCACACACACACGCGCGCGCGCGUACAAACAUACACACGCGCAUGCAUACACGCACACACGCACGCAUAAACAAACACACGCGCGCACACACACACACAUAUACACACAUUUGAAAAACGGUACUAGGUGGCGUUGAACAUGUUGCGCUUUUUAUUACUGUCACGCAAUGGAAUGUUUUGAUCAUUUUUUAAAUGCUUUCCCCAUACAUUGAAUGUGUGUUGUGGAUCUAUGGUCUCAAUGAAGUUAUUUAUUUCCUGGUCCGUCUGGGGCCUUUCAUAUACUAAAUCAUUGUAUGUUUGUCGAAAAAUAUCUUCUUCUUUUCACUGAUCUAACACAAAUCUCCUCUGUAUAAUUGGAUGCUUUUUGUGCUUCAGAAAUAGGACAUCGACAUCUACCUUUAAUUAUUUAAAAUUGUGACAUUAAAUUCUCUAUUUUGCCGAAGCGUGAGUAUUAAUAAAGCCAGUAAAAAAGAUCGUAGGUAUUUUGAUUGACAAAAUUAAUUUCAAAUGAGUAUCCACCAUCUGCUGUUAAGUGUGUGUUCAUAAAAGGCUGAUAAUAAUUCAAUUUUAACAUUUCUUUAAAAAAAAGUUUGCUACAUCUAUCUUAGUCCUUUAAUAAGAUGAAGCUUUAAAAGUAAUGUUUAUGUUGCUUAAAUUGUUAUCGCACUGAAAUAUCGUAAUGUCUUAUGUAGUUUAUAUUGUACCUUGACUCUAUCUUUAAAUAUAUUUUUCAUCGUUAUAUGUUUGGUCAUUAAACUCUUGACUCUAUUAAAACGUUUAUUGAA